CCCAGCCGCCGGGCCCGCCUAGCCGGGCACCUUCCGCCUCUCUCGGCCGUCCCUUCGCGUCACGGGAAGCGGGCGGCGCUCAUUUCGAAGCGGGAAGGCCGGAAUGGAUGGCGGGACGGCGGAGGCGGUGAGCGGCCCGGGUCGGGCCAGCUUCCCGUUCCCCUACACGCCGUACCGCAUCCAGGAGCAGUUCAUGGCAGCGCUGUACGCUGCGCUGGAGGCCGGGCGGGUCGGGAUCUUCGAGAGCCCCACGGGCACGGGAAAGUCACUGAGCCUCAUCUGCGGGGCCCUCUCCUGGCUUCGAGACUUUGAGGAGAAGAAGCAGCAGGAGGAGGCACGGCUUCUGGCUCCAGAGGGCAGCGGGCAGGAAGAGAAGAAGCAGCCCCUGGUUUCUGGUGGGCCGAUGUGUCCGAACAGCAGGGAUGCAUCUGGGGAACCGGACUGGAUCACGGCGUUUGUGCAGAAGAAAGAAGAGCAGGAUUUGGUGCACAGACUGAAGGAAGAGCAGGUCAAGAGGAAAAAGCGAGAAGAACGUCUUGAGAAAAUUCGCCAUAAUGUACAGUUAAAAUAUGCAGCGAAGAGGAAGAGAUCUGAGGAGGAUGAGAUGAAGCACCUUCUUCAGCUCAGCAAAGAGAUUCUGUCAGAGGGAGCUGGAGCAGCUGUCCCAGAGCAACUGGAUCACAAUGAGGAGGAGCUGAUUCUUGCUGAAUAUGAGAGUGACGAGGAAAAGAAAGUGGCAUCUGGGCUGGAGGAAGAUGAUGAUGAUGACUUGGAAGAAGAGCAUGUGACAAAGAUUUACUACUGCAGCCGCACUCACUCCCAAUUGUCUCAGUUUGUGCAUGAAGUGCAGAAAAGUCCUUUUGGCAAAAACACGCGUUUGGUCUCCUUGGGAUCCAGGCAGAACCUGUGUGUGAAUGAGGAGGUGCGCCGCUUGGGGGCUCUGCAGCUCAUCAAUGACCGCUGCACGGAGAUGCAAAAGAACAAACAUGAAAGGAAGAGUGAUGCAGAAGUUGAAGGCAAGAAGAGACGUGUGAGUCGCACUGUGUGCCCAUUUUAUUCCUAUGAACAAAUGCAGUUUCUCCGUGAUGAAGUUCUAGUGGAAGUGAAGGAUAUUGAGCAGUUGGUGACUUUGGGAAAGGAGAUCAAAGCCUGCCCCUAUUAUGGGAGUCGAUACGCUAUUCCUGCUGCUCAGCUGGUGGUGCUGCCCUAUCAGAUGCUCUUGCAUGAGGCCACCAGGAACGCUGCAGGGAUCAUCCUGAAGGACCAGGUUGUAAUCAUCGACGAGGCCCACAACCUCAUAGACACCAUCACCUGUAUCCAUAGUGCGGAGGUCAGUGGCUCUCAGCUGUGCUGUGCCCACUCCCAGCUGCUGCAGUACAUGGAGCGAUACAGUAAACGUUUGAAGGCAAAGAACUUGAUGUACAUUAAGCAGAUCCUGUAUUUGCUGGAGCGGUUUGUAGUCAUGCUGGGAGGAAAUGUGAACCAAAAUCCUAGCUGCCAGGCAGUUUCCCGAACAGGGACAGAGCUGAAAUCCAUCAACGACUUCCUAUUUCAGAGCCAGAUUGACAAUAUCAACCUCUUCAAGGUGCAGCGUUACUGUGAGAAGAGCCUCAUCAGUAGGAAGCUUUUUGGAUUUGUGGAGCGAUAUGGCAAUCCUGCCCCAGCUGUGAAGACCAACAAGGAGAACCAGAAGCUGGCUGGUUUGCAGAACUUUCUUAUGACUCUCCAGCAGGGAUCUUAUAAGGAGGGCCCUCUCCAGAGCCCUCCUGUGGAGGCUGACAAUGACCAGCUCCGAGCUGCCUCUCCUCUGAUGCACAUCGAGGGAUUUCUCUCAGCCCUCACGAACGCAAAUGAAGAUGGUCGAGUCAUUCUUAAUAGGCAAGGCACUAUUGGUCAGAGCAGCCUCAAAUUCCUCUUGCUGAAUCCAGCUGUUCACUUUGCCAAGGUGGUGAAAGAAUGUCGUGCUGUAAUCAUUGCUGGGGGCACCAUGCAGCCGGUGGCUGAUUUCCGAGAGCAGCUGCUAUCCUGUGCUGGUGUGGAUCCUGCACGCAUCGUGGAGUUCUCUUGUGGACACGUGAUCCCUCCAGAAAACAUUUUACCCAUAGUCCUUUGCAGUGGUCCUUCCAACCAGCAGCUGGAGUUCACCUACCAGACAAGAGACCUGCCCCAGAUGAUGGAUGAGACAGGCCGAAUCCUCUGCAACCUGUGCAAUGUGGUCCCAGGGGGUGUGGUGUGCUUCUUCCCCUCCUAUGACUAUGAGAAGCAGGUGUAUGCACACUGGGAGAAAACAGGGCUGCUCACCCGCUUGGCAACUAAGAAGAAGAUCUUUCAGGAGCCUAAGAAAGCCAACCAGGUGGAGCAGGUGCUGGUGGAGUAUGCCAAGUGCAUAAAGCGGUGCAGUCAGGCUGGAGGCCAGAUGACGGGGGCCUUGCUGCUUUCUGUAGUUGGAGGCAAAAUGAGUGAAGGGAUCAACUUCUCGGAUGACCUGGGAAGGUGUGUGAUUAUGGUGGGAAUGCCUUACCCCAACAUUAAAUCUCCAGAGCUUCAAGAGAAAAUGACUUGGCUUGAUAAAACAAUGCCAAGAGCUGCUAGCCAUGCACCUAGCAGAAUGCUGAUUGAAAACCUGUGCAUGAAGGCAGUAAACCAGUCAAUAGGAAGAGCCAUCCGCCACCAGAAGGACUUUGCAAGCAUCCUGCUCCUGGACCACAGGUACUCACGCCCUGCCAUCCUUAACAAGCUGCCACAGUGGAUCAGGGAGAGAACCCAGGUCAAGCCUGCCUUUGGAUCAGCCUUUGCAGAGUUAAGAAAGUUCCACCGAGGGAAAUCAGACUGAUGCAGACCAAAGAAGCGGGCUGUAGGUCAACUCUGUGAUCCACACCUUUUGAAGAACACCCAAAGCAAUGCAGGUUCCUGUUUUUCUGUUCCAAGCAGUUUGUUAAUCUCCUCUCUACCCCCUUUGUUUGUUGUUCAGUAUGAGCACUUGGCCUUCAUCACCACAGCCAGGAGGGAAACCAGUUGCAGGACCGACACUGGUGAAGGUAGCAGGAGGCUACUAUUUGUUUACAGAUGUUAAGAUUUUAUUUAAGUCUAUUAAAUAUUUUCAACCCAGACACUUAUGUGUGGGGAUCAUGAUUAUUUUGUUUGAACACACUGGCUUUGCCACAUCAAUGGCUGACUUCAGGGGGUCUGACGACCAAAGUUAACAAUUCUUGUGGAAUUUUUAGCUGUUACUUUUAAGGUAACAGGCCAUUAGUUUGUACUGUGUUGGAAUUACACAGUGAGACAGGUAAGAUGUGGGUUAGUUUUUUAUCUCAUUCUUUCUACCUUGCUUCAAGUUGGUACCAGAUUGAAGGACUGAGUCAUUCUUUCAAGGGGAAUAAUGAUACAGCCAUAACACAGCACACCACUUCUCCUUUGAUCACUUUUAAUCAUAGGAUCACUCUGUGCUUUUAUCUGCAUACAGUCUUUUUUUGAACUUACAGUAACUUUCUGUGGAAAACGGUCAAACUUUUUUUGGUGCAGUUUUCUAGAGGUUCUUUUCUGCGUUCUGGGCUGGAGGGUAAUUGACAACAGCGAUGGCUGUGUAAUCCCACAGCCAUUCUCAGUUCUUUCUGUCAUCACAAACAAGGCUGGUCAAAAAGGUUGUUUUGUCUCCUUGCUGUAACUGGAGCUACCUCUUAAGGCUCUUUUCAGUGAAGAAAGCAUUUAAAUUUAGACAUGGAACUGGUACCUGCUCCCUAUAUGUAAAUUGGCCACGCAGGGGAAAACACAGCUGCUUUUGACAAACUUCUCUUCUGAGUCCCCUGCCCCUUCUGUGAGCACAGAACUCCCACUCUGGCUAAGCUCUGCCUGAAACUCACUGAAAUCAGCAGCUGGAGUAGGGGGCUUGUAGACAGCUGGUGCCCUACUGCACUGUGGGUGGUGGUGUAAGGUUAGCGCCAGUU